AUGUCGUCCGUGAACCCGGGUGACUUUGACUUUGAUAUUCUGGACGCCCGCGAGUUCGACGACGACUUUGCAAGAUUCUUGCAGUCUGACUUAUUGGAGAACAAGUGCCAGGGCAAGGUGAGAUUCAAAGGGCUGUUUGGCAAGCGAACGCAAGUCUUGGCUACAUUGGUCGACAUGAAAGCGUGUUCAGUCGAGGUUUUGGCUACGCUCACUGCACCAGGCGAAGGAGUCUAUUGUGUGAAGACUGGAGGAGAGAGCUGCAGUGAUUCACACAGCGAUGACACUGCAAAAGUAGGCGUUGGGCUGGUUGUAUUUUCGUGGCUCCGGGACGAGUUGUUUGAAGCUCAGCAUCUACGAAACACGACCACACUUGUGCUGCGAUUUCUGACUGUUUUGACUCCCGAUAUCAUCUGCUGCACAUCGACGUCAGACCUGGAGCAACUAGGAGCCGCCAUGAUUGACUCUGAGACGCAGCAAGAUGAAAGUUCAUACUCCGUUGCGUUCGCCAUCGAGAAGCAAGUCGAUGCACACGAUGGCACGAAGUGUGUGGCGCAUCAGUUUGUCGACCUGAAGGAUAAGUUGGAAGGAUGCUUGCGCGUGCGCUUGCUCAAAGGCAAUUACCCGGCGCUAGCUUUGACUAAAACAGUCAAGUCGGAGUUAUAUGUGGAUCAAUUUCAACGAAUAUUUCUUGCAUCUGCACAUCUGAAGUUUGCGGCGUGGCUGAAGGCUGAAUCAGAGCAACACCGGGUAGUAAUAAGCGGGACAAUCAACCGGUCAGCGACGCUCACCGAGAGCAUUCUCCGUGAGUUCGAUAUGUGGCCUGCAACGCAGCUUGCAGCCCUUUCCGAAAUAUGCGAGAGAAGCAGCCAAGAGCAUUUCGACAUGGCGGAUAGGCGACUGCAUGAAGAGAUUGAUCGACAAAGGGCAGUCGUGAAGGGGUUGUCGAAAGCACUUUUUCAGCUUGGUACUGGUAGCAGGGCGGAAGUGAACGCUAACGAGCUGACGGAACAGAAAAAAGCGAUCGCAGAGUAUGAGGCGUUUCGGAAAUGGUUGAGCACAAAGUGGAAGGUGGAUCGCAAACGGAGACCGCAUUUGGACAUUCCUACCCGCCUUCGAGAAGUCGAACGAGCUGUUUUUGAACUGUACUUGAACCACCAGGACGCAGAUCCGGGGACAGUAUUGAGUAUGUGUGCGAGCAGCUCGAAAGAACAGAUUUUGGACGCUGUGGCCAAGCGCCGUUCUACACAGCUACCAAGAGAUUGGAAGAACGAGAGUGCUGCCACUGAGUUAUACGGAGAAGAAAUUGCUGAACCGCUGUCGAAGCUGCAAAAGCAAUGGUGGCUUGCAAUUGAGAAAUGUCUACAGAUGGCGAUAGACGCUGAUUUGAAGUUGCUGAAAAGUGAACAGAAACGGGAGCGUGAGUCGGAUGCAAGCUCGGCACUCAUUAUCCAGAACCAGUUCGAGCAAUUGCGCCAAACGCUUCAGUCGAAACAUGGCUUGACGAUGAAGCUGAGUGCAAGUAUACGCAGGGGAAGAGUCACAUGUAAGGGCACGAAAGAGGUGAAAGCACAAGAAUCUCUGGUUGAGCAGAUCGUAAAGAUCGAUAUGGGACAAGGCGAGUCACAUGACACGCCCGUUGGUUUCGAGAGUCUUGGUCAGUACUUCCUGAAGCCCGACGAAGCUCAUGUGGCAAUGUUUACCGUCAAGGCACGAUCUGCGGUACAUGUUUGCACUUCGAUGGGGCGAAUGCUUAUCAAGUUUGUAUCUUUUCCACCAAGAAAGGACGGUUGCAAGUUAUCACAAGCGAACGAAACGACAAUCCACGCGCUCGGAAAGAUUGCGUCCGUGUGUGACUAUGAAAGCCAGUCUCGGACGCUGGCAUUCCUUGUGGGUGAUUCCGUGGGGCUGUACAAAUGUGACGAGAAUUUCAAGCGCAUGGAAAUGGUCAAAAUUGUCGACUUGACUGUUCGUUCGACAUUGACCGAUCUGCCGUUUACCGACGUGUUCUUGCUGAAGAGUACGCUAUACGUGUCGGACUCUAGUGGCUACUCUCAAGGUAUUGAUAUCCAUGCAGACCAAAUCAAUACUGCUGUGGUCGUAAACGACGAAAAAGAUGCUCGAACUUGUAGUCGUCUCAUGCCGUUUGCUGACAAGCUUGCUGUUGGAGUGAUAACAGUAAAGGCCGGGGUUGAUAGUAUGUUUGAAGCGCAGCUAAGAUGUCUCUCUCUCGAUGAUCACCGUCAUCUUCCUGUGCUUCCCCUCGAUGUCAAAUUCCUCACUGGUGAUCUGCAAGUGCAAUGCGUCGACGAAUGGAUUCUGGCAGUCGACACGGUAGCACAAGAGCUGCACCUGUUUUCAGUCGACGUGGCCGUGGAAAGUAAAUCGUUUCGGCUUCGACGAUUUGAUGAUGACGACGAAGAAGGAAACAGCCCGAACUCUGUCAAGAACAAAUCCCGUCUUCGAAAGAAGCACUGGCUGUAUACUUUUUACCACGUUUUCGAGAAGUUCCCUGUGACGGGACUAGUGGAUGAAGAACCACAACGACCUGUGGCCAUUCUCGGCACUUGUCCUAACGGCAAUAACCUCGGUGCCGCCCUGGAAAAUUUCCAUGAUUUCUUCUCGUUGUUGAUGAGCGAUCUGAUGGCACUCAAUAAGCCAAUGGGUGCGCUGAAUUUAACCGAAGGCCUUGGUGUACGUCAUGCGUCUCUGACUGGCGUGCGCAUGGAGUCCAUGCCGUUGUCGGCAUUUUUCAUGACGCUUGUCACGUUUUUGCCCAUCCAAAUUUGCCGUGCCGAGGCAAACACGCUAACGUUGUUGCGAGAUGGUAUGGACCAACCACAUGACGAUGCGGAAGGUGAGACGGACGAAGAUUCGUGGGGAACGGCAGCCAUCGCCGAAUCCAUUCGAUUCGGUCUUUUGUCCCCGCUACUGAGUGCGUGGCAAGGUCGUUGUGUUGUGGUCACGUCAAUGGGGAAGCAAUCUACGGGCAAAAGCUACUUUCUGAAUCACUUGACCGGAUCAUCGUUUGCAAUUGCAGGAAAUCGCUGCACUGAUGGGGCGUGGAUGACGCUGCGCAUCGUGAACGGUGUUUUGUUGGUCGUACUGGAUUUUGAGGGUCUAGGCUCGUUCGAGCGCACCGAUCAAGAAGACGUGUUUCUGGCGGUACUCAACGCAUCGCUCUCAAUGUUCACCAUUUUUCGCAUGGAGAUGCGGGUCGACAAAGAAGUUGACGAUCUCUUUACGAAAUUCCAGAAAGGAGUGAAUCUGUUGAAAAAUGACGAUCGUCUAUUCCAAGGAAGAUUGUACAUGAGUGUGAAGGACAUUAAUUUGAAUGACGGUAGCGGCGUUCUCUCGGAAUUCACGACGAAGAUUGCCAAAUUACUGAGGGCAAAUUCCGAGCAAAAUUUUCUCACCGACAUGUAUUCAGGAAAGGUCGACAUAAAUUGCUCUCCACCACUAGGAACUCAUGGAUACUAUUCCUCACUAAGACAUGCCAAGAACUUAGUGCAAAAGGUUAUUUGCUCGCAAACAGGUUCCCUGAAUGCUUACAGAAGCGGCGAUUCGUUUCACGACUGCAUUCGAUUGGUAUUGGCUAAGGUUUCGACUUUGGACUGGACAACCGUCGAUGAUACGUUGCAACAAUUGCAGACGAAGAACUUGCUUCGGAGGUUGCCUGGCGUGCUGCGCACUGGAUGUCUGAUACCAGCGGACUGUUACACCAAAAGCAGUGUGGCGAAAUGUCUGAUGCAGCCAGCGGUGAGCACAAAAAAUGAAGACGAAGUACUUCGAUUCAACACGCUUGCUCGAAACCACCCUGAAUGGCUACAAUGCUGGCCAGACGCUGGGUGUGAAAUUGCUGUUGACAGCAUUGAGGAUGGAAGCGUCGAUUUCGGUCCCUCGGUGUGCGAUGUGGAUGCUGCGGGUACGGAAGACAUCGAUCUGGUGCUUGUGGAGCUUUUCCAGCGGUAUCUAGAUUUGACAUCCAAAGAUGCAUCCGAGAGAAUCACGGGGGACGACUUUGCGCAUUUCGAUAUCUUCCUGUCGUUCUUGGUACGUCGCCGCAAGGCUAAGGUUGCUCUCUGGAUCAAGGAGUACGUGGGACCCGAUCAGUUCAUGGACGAAUGGGACGAUAUCGAGCAGUUGCACCUUGUCCCGUUCGAAGCACUUUUGCAACGUCACGCUUUCAAGGAGAAGAAGACAUGCCACGCUGUGCUGGCAAGGCUGGCCAUGAGGGCAAAUGCAAGUGCGGAAAGAGGGAUCAUACGUGCGGGAAUGUAUGCGGUUUGUCGCAUGCUCCGAAUUGUGAAACUGAUUGUGCACUGA